UCGAAUAUCGAAAUCAUUAAAAUUCAGUGAACCAUUGUACUUUCAUUCCGACAGGAGAAUCUCUUCCGGGACAGUCUUUUUCUUCCUUCUCUGAACUUUCGUCUUACUCCUCUACGUUCCUCUACAUUUCGUCUACGUUCCUUUGAAGUUCCACCUCUUCGUCACGCUGCUACCACUUGUGUCGUCUUCCUGCUAUCACCUGGCUGUCGAGGCUACUUCAGUCGACGUGUGACCCUCUACCAGGGCUGUAAGUUUUCAUGGUUUCGUUGCACAUUCUAUUCACCUUCGUCGUAUUCGCGAUCCCUGAUAGCUUUUCUCGUGAUCAAAAGAACCAAGAGUGACAAACCUAAGCGUAAUUAGAGUUGGAGUACAUGGAGCUUUAAAGUGGAAAGUCUGAAGGUCAUUCUGCGACCACUGGAGAACAUUUACAUUCAUCUCAUCACUGGAUACAGAUAUGCCAAGAACUAUGCGGAUUAAUCCAUGGUCGUUAAUGGUCACGCUGGCCUGCGUGACGGUCGCGUCGUCGGAAUAUUUGAUGGGAGGCCACAUGGACAACAGUCCGCCAAAGUCCUUGCUGGAACAGAUGGAAUCGUCUCCGAGUUUGGCAAGGACGGCGCAGCUGGGUGACCUUGAUCUACAUCUAGAUGCAGAGGAGAGCACCGCCGCCGUCUUGACGCCUGACAACGAAGAAACGCCACGUUAUCAUCUUCCUUAUCCUUUCGCCUUUAACGGUGGCAGGCCGUUCUCGCUCGAGAAGGAUCCAAUCACUGGUAAAAUCGACUUCGAGAAGGCGCCGCCUGUCAAAGCCCUCAAUCUCAGCACUCGUUAUCAAGAGCACGUGAACGAGAAUGAGAAACACGUGGACCCGCCGAAGGAAAGCAGCCCUUAUCUAACAAAAAAGAAGGUGGAGAACAGCAAAGAGAUCGACGACGUUAGUCCAAACGAGAUCAACCCUUACUCGCCUAAUUUUCACGACUUCUUGAAUCUUCCAGUUCAUUAUUCCUCCGACAAGUACGGCAAGGACAAAUAUCCACUGAUAUCAAGUUCCUACGCGAAUACGAAGGUUCAAAGCGGAUCGAACAGCUACAGUACUUACAAUCACAAGCCUUAUCACGGGGAGACCGUGAUGUACUAUCCCACCAGAAAACCGUACAUGCCUAAGACAACUUCGAUUACAACUACGACGACGACGACAACGACGACGACGACGACGACUCCUAGGCCAAUGUCAUCGACCACGCCUAGCACUACUACCACUUCCACAACUCCCAGACCAACGACAAUUCCCACAACGACAACUACUGCAGCUACUGCUACUUCUACUACGACUACGUCUAGCCUCCAACCAUCUACUACUGCUUCCACUUCGACCAAGGGGCCUGUUGUGACAACCUGGAAGCCUCCUGUCUCCACUCCGAAACGGUUUGUCGAUCAUCUGGACGAUUACGACGAUAUUCUCCCGAUAGAAAAACUUCAGUCGUCUGUAUACGGCAAUGGGAAUCAAGGGCCGAACAACAUAGUGCAGCACAACGUGGAUCACCAGACGAAGCCUCCUACAAAGCACGAAGACUACAUAGACAGUUACGAUGAUUACGAAAUCGGAGAUGGAGAGGACGCGAAGGAUUAUGUCUCGAUGAAAGAGGCGACUAGUGAAACAACGAAGACAAGUACGUUCCCUGGUACAACGUCGGCUAUUCCUAACGUAACUACGACUACCGGAACUCCGGAAACUACUCCUGUAACCACCACAAGCACGAGCACGAGCACAAGUACUAGCACGUCGGUUCCUUCGUCAUCUACGAUGUACUCUUUACCAGUAUCUCAAGAGAGUACCUUCCAGAGUAACUCGUUACCGUUCCAAGCUCAUUCUCCACGUCCAGUGACGUCUGUAUUCUUGGACAACGAGCACAGAGUGCCGUUGGUGUUCGAAAGUGACAACCGAAGACACGGCAUUACGGACAACGUUAUCAUAAAUCAGGCAUACCGUCCAAACCAGAGGCCAAGCGGAUUGGGCGGUGGAAUUCUCGUGGAGAGCACCAGUAACAUUGUGAUACCACCUGAUCAAGAUACAGUGUCCUUUGUUCUUGGGAACAGGCAGAACGUCGAGGGCGGGUAUUAUUCCUUGGGAACCGCGAUCGGGGAGAAUCCCUAUGCCGGUUCUACUGGGAUCGACGCCUCUUUCCGACCUUUGUACGGCGUCUCGCCGGAUAAGGGCAAUUACGAUCCACAGUCAGACUAUCGAGGAACGAUCGGCUUGCCUUCGGUAUCCAUACUGGAGAGUAAUCCCAGCUACGCUGCUCAAACGUGGACGCAGCCUAAUCCUAAUGGGGCUAAUCAAAAGUUAGCCAACGAGGUGGAACCUUCUAAAACUCAAAGCUCGUUCGUGAAAGGUACCGUGUUUAGGGAACAACCAGAGGACAAGAAAGUCGACAAAGACGUCAACUACGUGGUGUUCCCUAAGGACGAGCCUAAGCAACCAAUCGAAGAGCAUAUCGUUGUUAUAAACGAGGCUGACGGUACGAUACAUGAAAUAAUGCCGUCCUCCACGACGUUGAAGCCUGUGAGGGUGGAUCUGCCGGUUACGAACGAGGAACACCUGCCGCAGUUAUCGGAGAGCUUGACACCGCCGGCUGAACAGCCAAAGCCGCCUCCGCAGUUCUAUUAUCACUAUCAUCACGGAGGUACGGUAAGACCGGAUCAUCCAAGACCUCAAAGACUACCUUUGCCACCUCGUGGGAAGCAGCCACCAUCUCCUCCUCUUCCGCCACCCUCGGAACCUAUAGGAAUAAGAAGACGUCCUUAUUCUCCUGACGCCAAUCUGCCGAAUAUUCUACCGCAGUUUCGUCCGAAUGCUAAAACGUCUCACGGACAUCGUGGAUCAGAGGCCAUUGGAACGAUCCCAGCUGGCCAGGGUUAUCCCACCAGAGUGAGACAGCCAGUUCAAUCAUAUCCUCCGACCAGAAGGCCCCUACCUCCGCCUCCGUCUUAUCUUCAAAGGCUAAAUCCUCCUCCCCCUCCGAUUCACGUCGUCAAGCUUGCCGGCGUGGCUUCUACGAAAUCCGAGAGCGUAGUGCCUCCACGAGAUAUAGAAUCCACGGUCAAGAGGUUUCGUCUGCCGUCAGUCACGUCCAGGGGGGAGGACGACGUGAAGCUGGCGCAACGUGUCUCCAGCCAGAAGCUGCGGCUGGAGGAAGAGGAACGGUCAGAACGUUACUCGGAGGAGCCGCCUCAGGUGCCGCCGAGGCCUCCCUUGUUCCCAAAACGGAGAACCGCGGAUCCGCCGCACGUAGCUACUCUUCAGAUGAUUCAACAGCAUGGAGAAUUCGAGGACAUCACGGAGCCGAAUCUGUCCUCGAUGGAUGGGAAUACGAGCGACGACGAGUCGGAUAGGAUAGUGACCGAGCAGAGUGCAGAUAGAAGAAAAUUCGACAGCCACGAGCCAAUGGCCGAGCCUCCAGUUUACGUGGUCUAUCCGGUAAAUACUGCGGUGAAUAUUCAUCCUGACGACUCCAGGGAGAAAGACGAGAGCGUGGUUGUUGGGACGAGAGGGCCGCACAGACCACUCCCUCCAGAGACGUUGUUACAAGAUAACGAUGAUCAAGAGAUGAACGAAGAACCAAGACCUGUUCACAACGUGUUCAACGGGCGACCAGUUGUCUCGGACUUCCCGUAUCCUUUGGAACGCCCUGAUCCUUCCAUUCUUGUCAACGGAAUGAGAGAAACACCGUUAUUGGUGCCCAGCGAUCAGCGACAAGAAGAUGAUCCUACGCAAGAGAAUACAGAAGAGAAAAACGAGAAGGAUUCCAGCGUAAACGUGAUACCGUACCUGCAGGAUUUCGUGCCUUUCCCAGCGAGGAAGAACGAGGUCAUCUCGGCCACUCUUCAUCGUCUGCCAGCGUUGCCAUCCUCCACGCCAAUCGCUUACGUUUACACUCCGACAGCUCAAGCUUCUCACCGGUUAGACGUGGACGUACGCGACGAGGACAUCUCUAAAACUGAGAAGAGCGAUCAGAAGCCCGUUCUGUUGCCUUCGCAGCAGCCCUCCAGUUCCUCCAGCUCCGCGCCAUCGCCGCAGAAUUUCAUGGCCCCGUUCGUGGCAAGCAUCAGCGCGGAAGCACCUUCCAAGAACGGCUGGAACGUUGUCGUGGUCGAGCCAACCAUCAACAGAAAGUCGGACGACGAUCCGUCCGAGACCACGUCGAACGCAGAUGAGGCUCAGACAGAAAAGGCCGAGUUCGACGCUGAGAAUUUCAAACCGCAGCUCUUUGGCGGAUUCAAGCCGAUUUACGAAUUCCCUACGCAGAACGAGCACCAGAGGCCAGAGCGUAGGGAAUCCAACGACUCCGAAACAGAAAUGAGCACGCACCUUCAGAUGUCUGCCAAUUCGACGGUUUGAUGAAAGUACACGUCUAUUACACGUUAAUUGACGAACAUUGAUUGAACGAAGAUAGGCUUGGUUUCGAGUAUCUCGUUAGUUAUUAGCACACUCCAUUUGGCAUUGCCAUCUUUCUCCAGAACGAGAGAUUCUUGUUCUUUGCAAAUAAUUCAUAGUUGAGAGUGCACUGAAGCAAUGCCGAUUGGAACGUUUGCUUCGAAAAGGGAACUAAAUAUUUCGAGACUGUAAUAACAUUAUACUGAAUAUUUUCGAGCAUCGGUGUCUGGGACGAUUAAUUCAUUGUCUCCUUCGUGGGGAGUUAAACUAUUCAUAUGAUCUUUAAUUCUCUAAUUAUAAUUUUGGAUCAUUGAAUUGGUGAAAAGGGUUGGAUGCAAUGGGGUGCAAGCGAUAGACAUGGGCCAAUUUUGCUUCGUGUGAUAUGCAAGACGAUUGGAAACCAUUUUGUGGCAGAGAAACAAAAUUUUCUUAGACGUAUUUGCACCGCUUUGCAUGUAAUCCUAUUGAACAUGACUGCAAAGAAUCAUCUAAAACAUUUAUUAUAUAUUAAGAAAUAUUUAUAUAUAAUUUAUCUACUUUAUUGCUAGACUAUAUAGUAUUUUAUAAAAUUCUAUUGUGCGUUAAAUUGUAGAAACUAUCAUACUCUGUACAUCUAUUUCAUGUGUUAUACAUUUUUAUAUACUAACCAGUCUAAAAAAUGCAUACUACAUUAUUUAUUUUCUACUUUUUUUCAUUGAUGAUCAUAGUUAUAUACUAAGCAAUUAUUACAAUAAAUUAUUCAUUGUAUACUCGGUUUAUUUAUACUAAUGCCCGCUUGAAUGUCUCGUUGUUUGUACAUGUUCAAUCCAAAAAAUGCUUUUUUUGUCAUAUACUAUCAACAAUAAUAACAAUAAUACUGUAGUUUCACAUGAAUAUACAUUAUUAAUUCCUAAGGAAGACUAACAAUCGAUAUGAUCCGAUGAACUUUAUACAACGUGAAAAAAAGAAGUACUUUCUUUCUUGUAAAUUAAUACCAUGCAAUUAAAAAAAAAUGCAAUGCGUAUUACAA